UAUAUAUCACCCUUACCUCAUAAUUUCCUCUCAUUGGCUCCUUCAAACCCUAGGUGGAAUUUUCGGUAACGUAUUACCGAAUUCAAUUCCCUCCUCAGAUCCCUAGAUUUUCUAUCUUUUUUUCUCUCAGAUUGUUGCCCGAUUACCGCAAUUUCGUCCAGUCGGGGUGGCAUGGGAAAGAUUCUUAGAGAAGCCACCAAGAACUCUUCUUCUUCCUCUUCCUUGGCGUCUAAUUCGACGACGACUUCCACGUCGAUCACGGACACGGUGAACGGUUCCCACCAGUUCAAGAUAACGGGUUACUCUUUAUCCAGAGGAUUGGGGAUCGGGAAAUAUAUUGCGUCGGAUACGUUUAAUGUAGGGGGUUACUCUUGGGCGAUUUAUUUUUAUCCAGAUGGGAAGAGCGUCGAGGAUAAUGCCACUUACGUUUCUUUGUUUAUAGCGUUGGCCAGUGAAGGUACAGAUGUAAGGGCGCUUUUCGAGUUGACACUUUUGGAUCAGAGUGGGAAGGAGAGGCAUAAGGUUCAUAGCCAUUUUGGGAGGACGCUUGAGAGCGGGCCUUACACGCUUAAAUAUCGUGGCAGCAUGUGGGGAUACAAAAGGUUCUUCAAAAGAACGCUUUUGGAGUCAUCGGACUACCUCAAAGAGGAUUGCCUUCAAGUUCACUGUAGUUUAGGUGUUGUUAGGUCACACACAGAAGGACCUAAGACUUAUUCUAUACCAGUACCACCAUCUAACAUAGGCUGGCAUUUUGGACAACUAUUGGAAAGUGGAAAGGGGACCGAUGUAAAUUUUGAAGUUGAUGGAGAAGUUUCUUCUGCUCACAAAUUGAUACUUGCUGCUCGAUCACCCGUGUUUUGGGCCCAACUUUUUGGUCCAAUGAAGGAUCAGAAUACCCAGUUAAUAAAAGUUGAAGACAUGGAGGCUCCAGUUUUUAAGGCUUUACUUCAUUUUAUAUACUGGGACACUCUACCUGACCUGGAAGAGCUUACUGGUUUGAACUCAAAGUGGGCCUCAGCUUUGAUGUCUCAGCAUCUUCUUGCAGCAGCUGAUAGGUAUGGUUUGGACAGGCUCAAACUGCUUUGCGAGGCCAAUCUCUGUGAGGAUGUGGCAAUAAAUACAGUGGCAACUACACUAGCCUUGGCAGAGCAGCACCAUUGUUUCCAGCUGAAGGCUGUGUGUCUCAAAUUUGUUGCAAUGUCAGAAAAUUUGAGAGCUGUGAUGCAAACAGAUGGCUUUGAAUAUUUGAAGGAAAGCUGCCCGUCAGUCCUUACAGAACUCUUGGAGUACGUGGCUAGGGUGGGUGAACACUCCGUAAUAUUAUGUAAGCAUCGGAGUGAAGCUGUCAUUGAUGGCAGUGACCUGAAUGGGAGGCGGGUGAAGCAAAGGUUAUAGUGGAAAACUGCUAACUAAUUCUGGGAGCAUCUUCUUGGUCAAACAAUAUGAAACAAACAAGUUGUAGGAGCAGAAAACAUUUUCACUUUGUAUGCAUUCUGAAAUGUGGUUCAUUCGGUGUCUGUGGUGGGGCUUUUGCAAUGUAAAGGUUUCGUUUUGUAGGCUUAGGUUUUCUUUUUAUUAUUAUUUUUUUAUUAAAUCCCUUGAUUUUUUAACACGUCCCUUUUUGGCUUGUUUGUUGGAUGACCGAUUUGUGCUUGCCCUUUCUCUGCAUUUAUAUUGUAGAUGCAGUGAAAUCAAUCAACAAUGUUGAACAUAACGUGUGCUA